AGUUCGUGAUGUUGCCGGUCAGCGGAUGAGUAGUGACGUGAUGGUGGCAUGUGUUAUUUUACAUCCUACUCCACAGUGACAUUGUUGUUAUAGUUGUGUAUUCAGGGUGUUAUUGUUGUGUCGAAAACGUUUAAAGUCGAAAACAAUAUAUUUAUGGAUUAUAUAUUGUGCUAUAUCACUGGGUAUACUUUUCAGAUAUUGUAUAAAUGAAAUUAAAAAUUUAUAUUGCGUUUUUUAUACAUUAAAAUACAUCAUAUAAGAGAAGAUUUUCAACUUAUGCUGGAGGAUAUAGUGAAAGAUACCGGCAACGUGUUUCAUACUGGUUGGUUCAGAUGUUAAUAAGCAACUACAGAAAUGGUUUGUGCUGAGGACACUUGAGCUAAAUACGAGUUAUGUAUCACGUGACACAAACAUGAUGAAGAGCUUCAGGUUUUAUCUUCUCGUUUAUUUAACACUGACAUCGUUAGUGGCCACAAAAGCAAAUACCACACUACCAGCUAAUAACUCAACACUAACAAGUAACCCGUUGUCUAGUGAGAGCCCCACCACUCUCCACACUAACACGACGGUGUCACCUCACACAGAGACACAAGCAACUGACCAGUUGAAAGACAACUCGCUAGUCUCACACAAUGAAACCCAAAUACCUGCAAUAGGAAACGGGACUCCGAAUGAAAACGAUGGGGAACUUCAAAUCACGAUAGCACCGGAACGCGACACACAAACACAUGAUCAAAGGAAUACAGAAAGCACCACCACUAGCAGCACCACGACUAGAAGCACAAAAAGUACCAGCGCCACGACUAGAAGCACAAAAAGUACCAGCGCCACGACUAGAAGCACUAAUACCAGCAGCACCACGACUAGCAGCACCACAAUGAACACCAACACACAGCAGUCGCCAUUUUUUGUAUCUCCCAACAAAAGUUUGAUCAGUGGCGGUACGUGGAUCAACAUCACAGGUCAAUCUCUCACCAGCAGAACUGUUGUAUAUCUGGAUGUCAGCUAUGAACCCACAACCAACACGACAUUUGAAUGUAACUCACCAGCUGAUACAACAGAAAUACUAUGUCGAUCUCCCAACCUUGCUGGGUCGAUCACACAAAACCUUUUCACCCCCAAAGGUUUUGUGACCUACCCUCUAGUCAUUCAGCCCGACGGUCAAGAGAAGCACACCGUCACAUUCGAGAUCCACCCAAACCCCAGUUUUCACCAGCUUCUUGUACACGGAAUUAAAGUUUUCCAGUACAAUGACACGUUUGUUGUGUUUAUUUUAAGGGGCAAUAGAAUUCCAUCAUGGUUGCAGAUGGAAGAUAUAAAAAUAGAAAUUGAAGAUUUAAACUGCGAAGUUUUUGAGGCAAGCGCAACAGAUUUAAUUUGCAGUAGUCAGGAAGUCAACCUACACAACCAAAAGUAUAACCCUAACACUGAUCAUGUGAUACAAUCACCGAAAUUGGUCACUGACUCCCAGCUAAAUGCAGUUGCUGAUGGUACUAAACAAGCACUUACCAAGGCACUGAAAAAACUCAGCGCUAAUUUAUCCAGAUUUCUAAACAACGAGACGUCGAAUGAACCGCUUUACGUGAAUGUUUCCAUCACACUGGGCAACUUCAAGGAUAACCACACGGUUACUCUACAUUGGCACCAGGUGAAUGUCGGCGACCCCAUGCUGUCUAUAUUUGCUGCUGUCGGCGGCUGUUCCUCGGCUGUUUUGUUAGCUGUUUGCUUGCUGGUCAUUCUGCGAUCGAAGUCUAAAGCCAAGAAAGAGAUGAAUGGGCGCAACAGUACUCAACAAGGUAUUUUUUUUAUCUUGCUAUCUAUUUCAAAACUUGAACACUAACCAUCAAGGUGCUUUUUAUCUGGCUACCUUUUUAAA